AUGGUGUCCUCAUCUGAAGAUUUAUUCAUAGAAGAAAAUUUCAGAAAAUUAAAGUGCAGAGAAAAAUGCACAGGGCACAAAAAGAAAGGUGUAGUGGAAUUAAAACGGGUGUUCAUCCUAGGUCCAUCUCAUCAUGUCAGGUUAUCAGGGUGCGCUUUAUCAACUACAGAAAAAUAUGAAACUCCUUUGUAUGAUUUACUAUUAGACCAAAAAAUUUAUGAAGAACUGUACAGUACAGGUUCAUUUGAACCCAUGACCAUUGGAACAGAUGAAGGGGAACACAGUAUAGAAAUGCAUUUACCAUAUAUAGCAAAAGUUAUGGAAAGCCGCCAGGGUCAGUUUACCAUUGUUCCUGUCCUAGUGGGUUCUUUAUCCACAGACAAGGAAAGACACUAUGGACAGAUAUUCAGCCGGUUUCUAGCAGAUCCAGAGAAUCUCUUUGUUAUUUCUUCAGACUUCUGUCACUGGGGCAAGCGCUUCCAUUAUACUCACUAUGACAAAUCGUGUGGUGAUAUAUGGCAAUCUAUAGAGACUUUAGACAGGAAGGGGAUGGACCUGAUUGAAAGUUUGAAUCCUAUGGCCUUCGCAGAGUAUCUCAGGAAGUUUGGCAACACAAUCUGUGGAAGACAUCCCAUUGGGGUGUUAUUAAAUGCUGUAGAUGCCUUAAAGAAGCACUCCAAUGGGCGCACAAUGUCUAUGAAGUUUGUACAAUAUGCCCAGUCAAACCAGUGCCACUCAACCUCCGAUUCAUCAGUUAGUUAUGCAUCUGCCUCACUCGUGUUACGAUAGUCCUCAGUUUAUUUGAUUUCAUCUCUUUUCACAACCCCAAACUCUUGGAUUUCAACACAGGCUGGUUUCAGAAGGGAAAAAAAUGGGUAACAGUGGAUAAAGGGUCAAUGAAAUUAACUUGAAUUACAGUUCAGAACAUAUAAAUAUCCUGAUGUCAUCAUGGAGUUCUGAUGGAUUUCAACAUCCAAGUCUGAAUUUACAAGGUUGUAGGAAAGCAGUGGGGCUUGACUAAAUGCAAUGAUUUAUAGGACUUUGUGUCGAAUAUGGUGUCCUCAUCUGAAGAUUUAUUCAUAGAAGAAAAUUUCAGAAAAUUAAAGUGCAGAGAAAAAUGCACAGGGCACAAAAAGAAAGGUGUAGUGGAAUUGUAUGCUACAUGUGUGCAGAUAACAGCAGCAAGUAUCAAGAGGAAGGAAGACUGGUCAUUCCACAAAAAGUGAACAUUUGCCUCACUUCAGUGGUGCACUUCUUAUGUAAUAUUUGUAUAACUGUUCAAUAUCACUUAUUAAUUCCUGUUUUUAUCUUUCUAUAUUGAAGGGUACAGUCACAACAACGAAAAUAAUGGGACAAGUCAAAAUUUCCCAAAAUGUGGGCAGCACUGACAUGACUUUUUUUUUUGUGGAAUGACUUAGUUGUAAUCUUACUUCAAAGAUGGCAAACCCAGGUAUUUAAAAGGUUGGACAAGUUAUUAAAUCAAAUGUAAACUGGAGCUUUAUUCUCCAGUUUGAAAAUCAACGAGAUCUCAGGCAAGAAUGUUUUACAUUGGCCAUAUAUUCUGCAUGAAGUCGAUCUAUUGCAUCUUAGUAUUGUGCAUGGGAAAAAAGUUUUGUAUAGUGUCAAGAAAAAAGAAAACAAAAAGAACUUAUCAAUGAGGAUUGAUUUUAAUAAGGUCUUUGAAAACAACUGAGACUGACAAAGAUUUUAUGUGAAUGUAAACAUUUACACAUGAUGAACAAGGAGUCUACAUUGAUUGGCCUCUACAUUAGUCUAUUGAUAGUAGGAUAGUUCAAUACUCAAAAACUUGGUGAAAGGUAUAUGUUAGAGCAUAUAGAAAUGUACAGAAUGAUAACCAUUUUUGUAUUGUUUAUAAUAUGGAGCAAUGUCAGUAUAGUUCAUUCUUUUAGUACCAGAGGUCAAUGUGAAUGCAAUAACUUGUAACAUCAACAUAUCUAUUUUUACUAAAAGUGAAUAAAGGUCCUUUGGUAAAUAU